AUGCUCUUUGAAGUCAUUCUGGUCUGGAGUGGGCUAAUGAGUGUUCGUAGCAGCUUACACGUUUUCAUCACUAUGGGUUUAAGCUCUUUCUUCCCUAAGGGUACGGGGCCAAUCAGUCAAAUCGCUAUAUUAGCUGUCAGUUCGUGGCUACUUCUUUACAUUGUCAAAGGCAUAUACCAGGCUUACUUUCACCCACUACGUCAUGUUCCCGGCCCCAAGUUGUGGACGAUAUUCCCAUUCAUCCCAAAGGUGAAGACACUCCUCGGCACUAUUGACCAGGAUAUUCGCCAUUUCCAUCAAAAGUAUGGCAAUGCGGUGCGCUACACGCCGGACGCCGUCUCGUUUACGACCGCGGAGGCCUGGAAAACCAUCUACGGUCACGGACACGGGCAAUUCCCCAAAUAUUUUUCCAACAAGCUAUUCGACCCUCAAUCAAACAUACUUACCGCCGACGAUAUGAACCACGCUCGAAUCCGCCGCGGGGUUGCUCACGCUUUCUCUCCAAGGUCAUUAGCAGAGCAGGAGCCCAUCAUCCACGGCUACGUCAACAAGCUGGUGCAAAGAUUGUCCGAUGUCGCAGAGUCCCGUAUGCCUACAGAGAUGGGGAGGUGGUUUCACAUCGUGUCUUUCGACAUUGUCGGCGACUUGACAUUCGGAGAGUCUUUGGGCGGCCUUGAGAACAACGAACUACAUCAUGUGGUAAACUCUGUACUCUUGUUCAUUGAGAGAGGCAAGAAGAUCUUCGAAUUUAACAGCCUGCUUGGCCCACUGGCAAUGAUAGUUAUGCCGUUCCUUGCAAGAGACGUGCAAAAGGGUUUCAUGGAUCAAUACAACUUCACGAAAAAGGCCGUGAACAGGCGUUUGGCAAACGACUCAGAGGAGGCUCGCAAGGACUUUAUGAAAGGUCUUCAACGGGGAAGAGACGAGAAAACGCUCAAUUCUAUUGAAGAGAUAAUCACGAACUCGAACACUCUUUUCGUGGCUGGAAGCGACACCACCGCCACGCUCAUGACGGCUUGCAUAUUCUACCUUUUAUCAGCGCCCCACACUCAUAAAAGAGCAGUGGAGGAAGUUCGACAAGCUUUCGAAUCAGCAGACGAUAUCAACUUCAUCAACGCCACCGCACGCUUGCCUUACCUGCUUGCCGUGCUCAAUGAGACACUCAGGCUGUACCCCCCCGUGCCAGCAUCGCUCGAGAGAGUUGUCCCCAAUACUGGAGAGCUGAUUUAUAUUGAGGGGAUGCACAUCCCUCACGGAACUCGGGUUGGCGUCCAUCAAUCUUCCGCCGGGCUCUCGACUUCUAACUUUGCGCAGCCGGAGUCCUUCCUCCCUGAGAGAUGGCUUCCUAACGUCGCUCAGGACCCAUCGUCUCCGUUCUACGCGGACAAGCGAGACGCUAUCCAGCCGUUCUCAUAUGGCCCACGAAACUGUGUCGGCAAGCACCUGGCUUAUAACGAGAUGCGCUUGAUCAUGGCACGUUUGCUCUGGGAGUUUGACAUGAAGCUAGGUCAGUCGUCCCGCGAGUGGACGCAGCCGUAUUCAAAACACAAGGCCUGGGCCAUUUGGAAGAAACCGCCAUUGGUAGUACACAUCAAGAAGCGUCGGUCCUCGACAUAA